ACACCACACACCACACAUCACAAACACAAUCACAAUCUCCACGCUAAUAUUUUCCCUCUCUUCUUACUCAUUACUUCCAAAGUACCGCUCCUACUCCUCCCUGUACUCUCAAAAAGGUUCAUUUUCUUGCAUGCAACAAGACCCUACUUUCGGAUUUCAAAAAAGUUUAUUUUUUCUUUUCGUGGCCUUCAAGUUCUUCUUGUUCUGUUCGCCCUGAAGCUUCUCACUUGAGUAAUAUUUCAAAGGGAUAUAUAUAUAAUAUAAACCAUGAGGUAAAGAAACUAUAGCGACCAACAAUUCUGCCUCUGACAUUGGUCGAUGGUGACAAGAGAAACCUACUACAGCUAGCUGUUGCUGAUUUUUGUCUCUCAGAAUUAGGAGCUUAUUUCUAGCACCAUGAAGAGAGCAAGUGCAUGGGCUUUUUCUCAUGAGAUUCCAAGUGAUGUCACCGUAAAAGUUGGCGAAGUAUCGUUUUCCUUGCAUAAGUUUCCAUUAGUUUCCAAGAGUGGCUACAUAGAGAAACUGGUCUCAGCAUCCAGUGGCGAUGAUGUUUCAUUCAUUGAACUCUUUGAUGUCCCUGGUGGAGCAGAGGCAUUUGAACUGGCAACAAAAUUCUGCUACGGGAUAAACUUCGAGAUUAGUGUUGAAAACAUUGCGGUGCUUCGAUGCGUGGCAGAGUAUCUUGAGAUGACAGAGGAUUAUUCAGUUGGAAAUUUGGUAGGAAGGGCUGAUUCUUACUUGAAUGAAGUGGCACUGAAGACUAUUUCUGGGGCUGUGUCUAUCUUACACGUGUCAGAAAGGCUCCUUCCAAUUGCGGAAAAAGCAAAAGUGGUGAGUCGAUGCAUAGAUGCUAUUGCCUUCAUAGCCUCAAAGGAAACUCAAUUGUGUUCAUCUAUGAGAAGUGACAUUAGCAGUGAUGGCAUGGCAUCUCACCAGAGGCCAGUAGUUCAAUGGUGGGCUGAAGAUUUCACAGUUCUCAGAAUUGACAUUUUUCAAAGAGUGGUAAUAGCAAUGAUGGCAAGAGGGUUUAAACAGUUUUCUCUUGGUCCCAUCAUUAUGCUGUAUGCACAGAAAUCUCUACGAGGUUUGGAGAUAUUUGGAAAGGGUAGGAAGAAGAUAGAAAUUGAGGCCCAAGAGGAACACGAGAAGAGGGUUGUUUUAGAGACACUAGUGAGCCUUCUGCCAAGGGAGAAGAAUGCAAUGUCAGUGAGUUUUCUUUCUAUGUUGCUUCGGGCAGCCAUAUAUCUGGAGACUACGAUUGCUUGCAGGCUUGAUUUGGAAAAGAGGAUGGCCCUGCAGCUAGGACAGGCUGUUUUAGAUGAUCUUCUCAUUCCUUCUUAUUCCUUCACUGGGGACACAUUGUUUGAUGUAGAUACAGUGCAGCGAAUCAUGAUGAAUUACCUACAAUCUGAAAAUGAAAAACAUUCAGCCUAUAAUGCAGAUGAUGAAUAUUUUUCUCCUCCCCAAAGUGAUAUUUAUGGGAUUGGAAAGCUAAUGGAGAACUACCUCGCUGAAGUAGCCACCGACAGAAACUUAGCUGUUUCAAAAUUCAUCACUCUUGCUGAGCUAAUUCCUCAACAAUCAAGAUCAACAGAGGAUGGCAUGUAUAGGGCCAUAGACAUCUAUCUUAAGGCUCAUCCAAUUCUAGGCGACACUGAGAAAAAGAAAGUGUGCAGCGUGAUGGAUUGCCAGAAGUUAUCACGAGAUGCGUGUGCUCACGCAGCUCAAAACGACAGGCUUCCGGUUCAAACUGUGGUUCAAGUUCUCUACUAUGAACAACAACGUCUUCGCGAUUCCAUGGAUGGUAGUGUAGGUUGGGAUUCUCCUAAUAAUUUUCGUGACAAGGCGAAUCUAUCCCCCAACGAGCUUAAUCCAAUGUCAAACGAGUUCUCCAUCUUACGAAGAGAAAACGAAGAUCUGAAACUAGAGAUAGUGAAGUUGAGAAUGAAACUAAAAGAGGUCGACAGAUCUUCCCUUAGAUCAGCAUCAAGCAGUCCUGUAAUAUACGGUUCACCCUCCGCUGAUAAGCCUCCUCUCCCUCGAAAAUCGUUCAUCAACUCAGUGUCUAAAAAACUUGGACGUCUUUCUCCUUUUUCACGUGGCGGUUCUGCCACCAACCCUCUCAAAAGUCGCGUAAAACCUGACAAAAAUCGGCGACAUUCUAUAUCCUAAUGUGCAGGGUACAAGUUCUAUCUUUGUUUUCAGAGGUUUAUUGUAUACAGGGCUAGUUUUACUAGUUUUACUUCACUGUUAUAGUCGUGAAGAUUAAAUUUUCAUGAUCCUUACGUCCAAGAACUUUAAUGUGUAAUUUGUAAAGGGUGGUGAAAAGUAAUACAGAGUUUCUUAUUGAUUGCUUGCAUUGCAGGCCAGUGUCUA